AUAAAGAUAAUUUUGAUGAAUUAAAUGCUGAUUUAAAUUAAAUAAAAAGAAAAUUAGAAAAUGUAAAAAACUUAUAAUUAACAUUAAAUGAAUAUUAUGAUUUUAUUAAUUAAAUUGACUUGAUAAUGCCUAAUUUAAUAUAACUUCUCGGUUCUAAAUAAUACUAUGAUGUAAUCGAAAGUAUUCGUGUUUUAAUAUAUUUACAUUAAUUAAAUAUCGAAAGUGCAAAAGAAGGCGUUAUGAAAAUGCUUGUUUUAAUAUGGAAUAAAGAAAAACAUAUAAAAGACGAAUUAAUGAAGGCUUAUUGGAACCUAUAUAUGGACGAAUCUUAAUAUAAACCAGAAGGAGUAGCCAUAAAUCUAAUAAAAUUAUUCCAAAAAGCUUCUUUAAAUGAGCUUACUUCUUUAGAAGAAUUAAUAAUUUAAAUUUAAAAAGACGAAAACGAAAACGAGGAAAAAAACCUUAAAAAUAAUCAGUUUUAUAUCUCUUAAAAAACUCUCGAAAAAAUAUGGGAAAUAUUUCUCUAAUCUUAAAAUACACUAAAUAAUAAUAAUAAUUAAUAAAUUUAAAUUGAAAAAAACGAAAUUUCAAGAGCUUCAAUUCGUAUAUUGAGAAUAUCAUCUUCUAUUUAGAAUAAAAAAAAAAAAAAAUACGAAAUAUUUGCCAUAAACAAAGUUCAAUCUUUACAAGAAAUUACCAAAAAAGCUCUCUAGAAUCCCCCUUUAUAAAUAGACUGGAUAAUCCUUAAGGAGAUCCUGACUUUAUUGGAGCUAUAAGCUUUUAAAAACGAAAAUAUUAUCAAAAAUAUGACAUAUUUACUCGAAAAAAAUCAAGGAACAUCCCAAAAUGAAUGGUAUUGUGCCUCCGAGUAAUUAAUAAACACCAUUUUUAAAUAAGAAAUCAACCCGGAAUAGACCAUGAGAAAUUUUAUCGUAAAACUAACCCAAAAUCUUGAAAACGAAUCACUUUUAGAAACAUAAAAUGAUACCAAAGAACUUAUUUUUGAACGAAAAUUAGCCCAUUUAUUAUUUGUUGUGGGCCAUUGCGCCCUUAAACUUCUCAUAUACGUCGAUGACAUCGAAAACGCACUCAAAAAGAAGCGUUUAGAAAAAGAAAAGAAAGAAGAAGAGAAUAAAAACGAUCAAAACAACAACCAAAACCAAGAAGAAUAGCACUUAGACAAAAUCUGUGGAGGUCUAGAGGCCGAAUACGAGAAAAAAGUAGACAUUUUACACUAAAUAUGUGAAGAAAAUAUCAUAAGAGGUCAAAAUUUGCUCGCAAAUUACCGUCCUUGGAUUGAAAAAAUCGUCUAAGAUAUCUUAUUAGAUGAAUUUUCAGCUGAAAGAAACAAAGAACUGGACCGAGUGGCAGUUUUGGCCUUUUCUAAAUUUAUGUGUGUAUCAAAAAAAUACUGCGAGUAGAACUUAAUGAAGCUUUUCCAACUUUUAGAAAGCCCAAAAACAGAUCAUAUUCUAAAAAUAAACAUUAUAAUAUCUCUAGGGGAUCUCUUACAUAAAUACCCGAAUCUAGUAGAGCCUUUUAACCAGAAAAUAUUCGCCAAACUACACGAUUAAGAUUUAUAAGUAAGAAAAACAACUAUGAUGGUGCUUACUCAUUUAAUUUUAAAUGACAUGAUGAAAAUAAAAGGGGAAAUAUGCGAAGUUGCUUUAUUAUUAGAAGACCCAGAACCGCAAAUUUAGAAUAUAGUGAAGCUUUUUUUACAUGAAUUACAUAAAAAAGACAGCAAAAUUAUCUAUAACUUACUGCCGGAGGCUAUUGGGAGGAUGAGUAGGUGUGAAAAAACCGAAUUAGGGGCGAUUAUAAAAGAAGACACGUUUAUUAAUUUUGCCAAAAACAUCAUGUAAUAUUUAGAAAAAGAGAAAUUUUCGGAAUCUCUAGUUGAAAAAUUAUGCCUGAGAUUUAUUAAUUCUAAUAAUGAAAGGGAAUGGAUUAAUUGCUCUUUUUGUUUAAGUUAACUCUCUUAUAAUGAAAAGGGAAUUAGGAAAUUACUUGAGUUUUAUGAAAGUUAUAGGGAAAAAUUAACCAAUAAUACUAUUAUGGAAAAUUUCUAGGGAGUACUGAGUAAGCUUAAGAGAAUGUAAAAAUAAGAACUUAAAAGCCUUAUAGAAGAGUUUGAGAGUAAAAUAUUAAGUUUUUAAAAGGAAAAUUUCGAGAAUUCGAAUAGUCAUACAUUAUUAGGAGGAUUAAAAAAAAAAGAAAUUAAAAAAAAACCAAUAAAUAAAAUUUAAUAAUAAGGUAAUUAAUAAUAAUUAUAGAGUAAAAGGAAAAUUAAUAAAUAAAAGAAAAAAAAUAAUUCCGAUUUUGAAGAUGGGAAUGAAGUAGUUAUUAAAGAAAAUAAUAUAGAAAAAUAUAAUGAUGUGGGUUAGGGAAGGAAUUUAAGGAAAAAAAUUCCAAAUAAAAUGAUUAUUGAAGAUGACGAGGAAGAUUUUGAAGAUCCAAUUGAUGAAGAAGAAGAAGAAGAUGAUGAAUAUUGA